UAAGCAGUGUUUGAAAUUGUCAUUCUAUUAGGAUAAUAUGAUUUUAUAUCUAAUUAGGGGCACGGAACUCGACAUCAAGGAAUCAGAUGUCUCCAGCACAUGGGUGACUAAUAGCUCAAAACCGGAUUUUACAACGUACGCUGGUCGUUUGUACGCCCUUAUCCGACCUAUCGAGGACUUUGGCAGGGGUUCGCAAAUGCGCAACGUUUACCAAUGUGUCGUUUUAAAGCGCCUUCCAACAGAGGUUUAUGGAGAAGACAGCGGAGCCGCUGCGACGACGUGGCUGCUUUCACAUAACUGCGUCUUCUGCGUGGCUUCUGCAGAAGGGAGAGGCUGGCAAAUGAUACCGCGGAGAAAGAGACGUGCCGAGGAACGGAGGGAGAUGAAACAAGGUCAAAGAUAUCGGCUUGCCGGGGAUGCUGUCGACGUUGUUGUACUCUCUGGAGAGACGCGAGCGUGACAACGCGAUUUUUGAUCGUAAUUCCGCUUUAAUGGCGGCCUGUUUCGUAGAUUAGAAUAUUAAAUAACGAAAUACCGCAACGGGAUUGAAAGUUGAGGCAACGUCGAAUCUAAUUUGAAGGAAUCGUAAUGAGGAAUCCCAUUUCGCUUGAAGCAAUAUACACUGAAUUAACAGCGGGACAGAAGUGUUUGGUUAAUAGAAUUUUCGAGUAAUAAAGCAGUCAUUAAAUGAAAUUCAAGUGGAGAUUA